AAAGCCUCUUCUGUGCCUUUAAGAUUACCCUCUCUUAUUCCAAGCAGAGCCUCGGCUCCUUCAAGACCAUCCAAAUCUAUUUUUAGCCAAUACCACCAGGAUCCCUUCCUGAACGCCAGCGGCCCUUUCAAUUACUACAGCUAGGAUCUGGUCCAAAACUCUCUUCAGGUGCCUUCAGAUUAAGUCAAUCUGCCUCCUUUCCCCAUAAGUUGCUGCACUCAUUCUGGCUCCUUCGGAACAGUUUAACCAACCACUGCCAUUACACCAUGGAUUAUGAAAGAGGCUUCCCCAACAUCCUGACUAGAGUCACAUUGCUGCCUUUGAUGUUGUCCUGAAACACUUGGGCUUCUCCUGGGAACAGCCACCUUUCUUCUGCCCAAUGAGGCUGACAGCACAACAUGGAGAGGGUCAGCCCAAACCAGAGGAGGACCAAAGGGAAGACUCUCCCACUUCCAAUGAGAGGAUACUGGAAGAUUGUUUGCAGAGAAACAGAGAGCUGGAAUUUUCCAACUGGGAGAAGAUGCCAUUCCACCAUGUCACGGCUGGGCUGUUGUACAAGGGGAACUAUCUGAACCGGUCACUCUCAGCUGGCAGUGACAGUGAGCAGUUGGCCAACAUCUCAGUGGAAGAGUUGGACGAAAUCCGUGAAGCUUUCCGAGUGCUGGAUCGCGAUGGCAAUGGCUUCAUUUCCAAACAAGAGCUGGGGAUGGCGAUGCGCUCCUUGGGAUACAUGCCUAGCGAGGUGGAACUGGCAAUUAUCAUGCAGCGCCUUGACAUGGAUGGGGAUGGCCAAGUUGAUUUUGAUGAAUUCAUGACAAUCCUUGGACCAAAACUGGUGUCAUCAGAAGGACGGGAUGGUUUUAUGGGGAACACAAUUGACAGCAUAUUCUGGCAGUUUGACAUGCAGCGGAUAACUCUGGAGGAGCUGAAACAUAUACUGUACCAUGCGUUCCAGGACCACUUAACAAUGAAAGAUAUUGAAAACAUCAUCAACGAGGAAGAGAGCUUAAAUGAGAACUCUGGCAACUGUCAAACAGAAUUUGAAGUGCAUUCUCAAAAACAAAACCGACAGACUUGUGUACGGAAAAGCUUAAUAUGCGCAUUUGCUAUGGCCUUUAUUAUCAGUGUCAUGUUGAUUGCAGCCAACCAGAUCCUCCGAAGUGGCAUGGAGUAGCCAUAUAACACUGUGAAACAAAAAAACAACAAUCCACGCAUGCGCAUGCUGUCCGGUGAACUUUCUCCCUGAUCAACUUUACAAACAAAUGGGAAAAAAAGAGGAGAGAUCGCAUGGGUGACGGAAUAGCGGAUGGAUAAGGACAGACGGUUCAAUAGAGAACCCCAGGCCAGCAGCGUACCUGUAAAUCAACUAUAUCCUCUUGGCAGGGACAUAAAAGGGCUGUCUUAAUGCUUUAACGGUUUUUGUUUCCUAACGCAAUAAAAAAACAACCCAGAAGAGC